GUUCUCAUUCGACGCAGCCGCCAUGGGACGAAGACCUGCGAGGUGCUACCGCCAGAUCAAGAACAAGCCAUACCCGAAAUCGCGCUUCUGCCGCGGUGUUCCAGAUCCCAAGAUCAGAAUCUACGAUGUGGGGAUGAAGAAGAAGGGCGUGGACGAGUUCCCUUACUGCGUCCAUCUCGUGAGCUGGGAGAAGGAGAAUGUCUCGAGCGAGGCCCUCGAAGCGGCGCGCAUAGCCUGUAACAAGUACAUGGCAAAGUACGCCGGCAAGGACGCGUUCCAUCUCCGCGUGAGGGUUCAUCCCUUCCAUGUCCUCCGGAUCAACAAGAUGCUUUCCUGCGCCGGUGCCGAUAGGCUGCAAACUGGAAUGAGGGGUGCUUUUGGAAAGCCGCAAGGUACCUGUGCGCGAGUGGACAUCGGCCAAGUGCUUCUCUCCGUGCGAUGUAAGGAGAACAAUGGAAUUCACGCCCAGGAGGCGCUGAGGAGGGCCAAGUUUAAGUUCCCUGGAAGGCAGAAGAUCAUCGUCAGCAGGAAGUGGGGCUUCACAAAGUUCUCGCGCAAUGACUACCUCAAGUACAAGGCGGAGAACAGGAUCGUGAACGAUGGUGUCAAUGCGAAGCUCCUUACUUGCCAUGGACGACUCUCGAAUCGAUCGCCGGGGACAGCUAUUCUUCCAGAAGUUGUAGCAUAAGAAGUGACUAAUAUAAAAAAAAAUAUAAUCUUACGCUUUUUGUCACAUUAAAGAUUUGUUAAUCGGAGUUUUAAGUAAA